AUGGUUCAGGGCAAGAUUGUGCUGAUGGCCUGUGGCAGUUUUAGCCCACCAACUUACAUGCAUCUUCGUAUGUUUGAAAUUGCCAGAGACUAUAUAAACUCACUGGGUCAUGGGACCGUGGUUGGAGGCCUGGCUUCUCCUGUGCAUGACGCAUAUGGGAAAAAAGACUUAGUAGCAGCGCAUCAUAGGAUAGCCAUGUUGAAGCUGGCGCUACGAUCAUCCUCUUGGAUCAAGAUAUCGGAGUGGGAGACACAGCAGUCAGGGUGGACUAGGACCAGACUAUCUCUACAGUAUCAUCAGGAUACGAUAAACAACUUCGCAAACGACCCGAACGCGCCAUCGUGGUUGCCGGAUGACGUCAUCAACUUGAACAACAUCGAUGAGCCAGACAACUUGAUGGAGAAGCUCAAUGGGAACCAAAUGGAUGAUAAGGUGACUGUGAAACUGCUGUGCGGAGCUGAUCUCUUGGAGUCUUUUGCAACACCUGGACUGUGGUCUGAUGAGGAUAUGGAAACGAUAGUAGGUCGUCACGGUCUCGUGGUGGUGUCCAGAGCCGGCAGCGACCCCGGGAAGUUUAUCUACAACUCUGAUAUGCUUUACAAACAUAGAAAAAACAUCGUGUUAGUAACGAAUUACAUAGUGAACGACGUGAGCUCGACGGUGAUCCGUCGGCUCGUGCGGCGCGGGGAGAGCGCCAAGUACCUGACGGACGACGCCGUGCUCGCCUACGUGCGCCAGCACCGCCUCUACGGGGCGCCGCACACGCUCACUGAGUAUAAUUAUCUCAAUGACUUGCUAACUACCUACGACAAGAGAUCCCCCCAAGAUGUCAUUAUGACAUCACCCGAAGAAUCCAGCUUCAAAAAUAUCCUUAUAUCUAUAAGAGAUAAACCUUCACUGGUUGAAGACACUAUAACGGUCAAGAGACAGCGGAAAUCCAAUUUUCUUAUGCCCAAUUCACACACAGAUUCGGUUAGCCCUAUCAUGGAUUCUAUGAAGCCAAAAGUAGCCUUCAGCGAUAAAGUCCCAUCUACAUAUGUGCCCGGGAAAGCUGUCAAAAUAGUCAGUGAUGCGAUUGAACACAAAGUAGACAAGGUAACGUAUGAUAAUUCGUAUUCUUCUUUAGAUAGCUACCUUUCAAAGGAAUCAGACUAUGAUUUGUAUAAGAGGAGAGUGAGUGAAGGGAAUGUUGAGAACAUUGAAGCGGACACUUCGGCGAAGAAGCGAUGUUCGUCGACUAUAAGGAAAUUGAGACCGGAGGAGAUGAAGAAGAGUAAAUCAGAGGUGCAGAAGCUCUGUGAGAAGGUAAAGAGUAUCAAAAUCAAAGAUGGCGGUAAAAAUUACAAGACGCGUAGCUGUAAUGAUAUUGUUAGACUUAUUUUGACUAAACAUGGUAUUCAUGUGAUUAGCGACACAGAGGCUAUUGUUUAG